UUUUUUUUUUUUGGGAAGGCUUGCAUUGAAUCGGCCCUAACGAUUCUCAGAUCGUCAUUAUUUGUAACCAUAGAGCAUGAAUUACCUCUUGAGGUCAUCAGCGAGAAUUUACGACUGGUCAACAAAAGCACGUGAUUCCCCAACGCCCCCCCAUCCCCCCUUCUUACCCCCCCCAUAUUUGGCCGCAUACAUAGCAAAACGAAGUACAGUGCAUUGCUAUAAUUCAUUAAUACAUCAUAAAUCGUGAAGCACAGGGUUAUAACGACCACGAUCCACAAAUCAAGCCCUCCAAAAUAACCCAAAUGAGCUCUUACUUUGUAAACUCGUUCUCGGGGCGCUAUCCAAAUGGCCCGGACUAUCAGUUGCUAAAUUAUGGCAGUAGCAGCUCUUUGAACGGUUCUUACAGGGAUUCUGCUACCAUGCAUACCAGCUCUUACGGCUACAAUUACAAUGGGAUGGAUCUCAGCAUCAACCGCUCCUCAGCCUCCUCCAGCCACUUUGGGGCGGUGGGGGAGACCUCGCGUGCCUUCCCCUCGCCGGGCCAGGAGUCCCGGUUCAGGCAGGCUUCAAGCUGCUCCCUGUCCUCUCCUGAGUCCCUGCCCUGCUCCAACAGCGACAACCACGGAGGCAAGCCCUCUGCCUCGUCCCCCUCUGACCAGGCGACCUCUGCCAGUUCCAACACCAAUUUUACAGAAAUAGACGAGACCAGCGCGUCCUCGGAGCCCGAAGAAGCAAACCAGUUAAAUAACAGCAGUUUAAGCCGAGCCCAGACAGAACCCAUCGCGACCUCCACAGCGACAACGGAGGGACAGACUCCACAAAUCUUUCCCUGGAUGAGGAAGCUGCACAUUAGCCACGAUAUGACCGGCCCGGAUGGGAAAAGGGCACGGACCGCUUACACUCGCUACCAGACCCUGGAGUUGGAGAAAGAGUUUCACUUCAAUAGGUAUCUCACCCGCCGGCGGAGGAUAGAAAUCGCCCACGCUCUCUGCCUCUCCGAGCGGCAGAUUAAGAUCUGGUUUCAGAACCGCCGGAUGAAAUGGAAGAAAGAUAACAAACUGAAGAGCAUGAGUUUGGCUACGGCCGGCAGCGCCUUCCAGCCCUAAAUUCUGGAGGAGCCCAAACCCACAGCCAAUACCCCCACCUCCUAAUCCCUCCACACACAGUCAGUCUCCAGGCGCCGGCCUCUUCCUUUUCUGUCGCUCUCUGUGGAUUUAGAACCGAUUCCUAACGCGGUAGAAGCGAACGCGCCACAGCGUUGCUAUGGCUUGAGAUUUUUCGUUCGGUUUUAGGUCCUCCUGUCCCUUCCUUAUCUUUCCACAAGCUCCUUGGACUGGUUAUUAUUGUUAUUAUAAUUAAUAAUUAUUAUUAUUUCCCACCCACGCCCUCCUCUACCCUAUCAGUGUUUCUGAAUGUUCGUGUCCGUGAUUGCUUCUCCCCCCCAAAAAGGAAAGAAACUCGCAUGUUUAAAUGUGAAUACCCCUCCCCCUUCUGUGUUCUAACUUAUUUAUAAAAGGAGGAUGGAUGCAUUUGCGUUUAUAACUUGAAAUCUCUGUACUUGAACUGCAGUUGGGUCUAAGUGGGGGCCUGGGAUGGGAGAGAGACGUUCAAUGGGGAUCAGAGGAAAAUAAUCUUAGAUUAACUGCCAAUUUAGGGGGGGGGAAAUAUAUAUAUAUUUCUUGAUUCUCUCCCUUCCUCCUCCCCUUUCCAGGCCUGGAUCUCACUCUCUGCCAAAUCCUGGGUAGGACAGAGACAGAGGGAUAGGCCUAGGAUUGGUGAGAAGAUGGAUAUUAAGGUGCAAGUCUCAGUCUCAGCAGAAAAAACCCGGGCCUACGACUUUGAGAGGAGACAAAAAUAAAUAAAUAAAUAAAUAAAUAAGGGAGGGGAAGAAGUCUGAUCAAAUGGAAAAUCUAGGUGUGUAUUAGGCCGAUCUUUAAGACUCCAGAGUGUGUAAAUAUUGGAAUAUUUAGGUUCGGGUGCACCCUCUCUCCAAUCCUUCUGCCCCCAAAACCAUUUGUAGUCAGGCGAGUGGAUGCUGUGUUCUGUGUGAAAUCUGUCUUUGCCGGACCGUCUCAGUGAUAAGCUUUUUGUAUUUGUUUGUAGCUUUUCUUGAAGUCGAAUAAAUGUCUCUCCUACUCCA